CGGGAAUGGAAAUCAAAGAAAGAAAAUAAAGAGGCCCCACACCAUCUUCUCCACAACUCUCACCGAGCAAGGCCUGCAGAAGGGAAAGCUUAGAAAAUGAAUGUUCCUCCAACCUCAGAAAGCAGACCUUAUUCUACAAACCCAAGGCCUUUUUUUUAUGCUCAGCCUACAGCACCUCAGCCAUUCCCUAAUCCAUGGCUCGUUGGACCUAUGUACAAUCCCUAUGGCAUGCCUACAUCCGGUUUAAGAAGUAGCAAUCCAUAUUUCCAAUGUUACUCAGUUCCUGCCCAUGAAUAUCCUGGAUAUUUAGUUCCACAGCCUCCUAUGCAUAUGAGAAUUAGAAGACCUUAUUUUGGUGGUCCUCCACCAUCACCCAUGGUGUAUCAAGUCCCACGGUUCAGGCAUGGAUUUCCCAUGAUGUAUCAACCACAAAACCCAGUGAAAAGAACAGAGGACAAAGAAACUCAAACUGAUUUUGGAGAAUCUGAAAGUGGAGCAAAAACAUCUGUGGAACAAGAUACAGGAACAAAAGGCUGUGAUGCUGGAAAUACUGCUUAUAUCGCAUCUGAUACGCCUAAAGAAACUGAAAGUUUGUUAGAAAAAACAGAUAAAACAUCUUCUGUGUCAGACAGGGAAGUUGCCAAGAACUCUUCAGGUCUUGUACCAUUUCGAAGUCUUCCCCCAACAGGCUAUGCCAUUGAGAAAGAGGAAGUUAGAAUACAAUAUGCAAAUGAUGGUGCUCCUGCCAUCCAGCUAUGGAAGUCUUUCAAAGAAACAAUCCCUCUCUAUGAGAUGGCACAGAAAAAAGUCCCAAAGAAUAUUGUGCAAAGAGAUAUGCUUGCUCGUAGCUCCUGUGAAGGAGUUGCAUAUGGGCCUCGCGAACAAGGAGAAUUGCUUCCAUAUGUUCCAUUUUCAGAGGAGCAAAAGGUUCCUGAGGACAUGCAGAGGAAACAGCCUCUAUGUAAAGAAAAUCAAGAUUCAGAAAAACAAGGAGUUAUAAACUACAGAGCAAAGGGUCCAAUGGAUGAAGCUGGAACAGUCCAACUGGCUGAACCAACUGGGCCUGACUACUCAGGGAUAAGGCAGGAUGUACUGAUGGCCAAAAUACCUCCUGGUUUUAAAAAAUCAGGUGGUUCAAAAGCUCCACAAGAGGUUUCAAAUCAUAUUCGACAACAGAAAUUAUAUCCCUCUGGCAUGGAGAUGACAAAUGAUGCAUAUUUGCCUCAGAAGUUGAGUGAAUGUAAUGAUAUGAGCAAUGAAAACUGGAGUGCUUCAGAAAAAAUCCAAUGGUGUGAUGACUCUGAAAAAUAUCUUCCUUCUGAGAGCUGGUUGGCUUGUGUGGAUAACAUGGAUCCAAACUAUAACUAUGAAAAAUAUCUUUUCCGAAGAAAGCGUCCAAAUUUGUUCAGUAUUACCUCUGAUGAUAUGUCUUCUAUUGAAGAAGGCUCAUCAACUGAGAAUUCUUCAGUGUCUGUCAUAGUCCCAGACUAUUUGCUUCCAAAGACUUUAUAUACCUUCAAGAAAAAUGCUGAUGGCUUGGGAAUAGAUGAUAUAAGAAGUGGAGGCACCCUCAAUGAAGAUGAGGAAGUGAUGGGGAUUGAACAGGUCACUAGUGAGCAAAAUCAAAAUCUGAAGAGUGGUUCAAGAGUCAAGAUUAGAGAGAAUCCUAGCCAAAUCAAAAAGGUGAGCAUUCUUCCAAGAUGUUCCAGUGACAAGCAUCUCUAUUGUCUCCAAAAAAUAACAAAUUCAUCUCCAUCAGAUGCUGAUGAAUCUGAAGAAUAUUGGGUGAUGGAACCAGAGGAAUAUGAAGAAGAAGAAACUGAUGAGGAAUAUUUUGUUGAAGAAGAUAUGCCAUAUGAAAUCCUGAAUUCAGACAAAAUUGGAUUGGGCCAACAGACUUCCCAGCAAGUAUUUUGGAGAAUCCCCAAAAAUGCAGUGCCACCACAUGUAAUUAACUGGCCUGUGCAAGAAAAAAUGUCUGGGUUGCCUACUAAAUUGCAGAAGGAGCAAGAUGAAGAUCUCUGUGAUGAUUAUAACAUCUGCUUGGUGAGACCUACAGCCCAACAGCUAGAAUUACUUGAUCACAGAAAAAAUCUACAGAAAUGUUCAGGAUGGUUACAAGACGAAAAUAGAAGGACUGGACCUGAUGAAUACUGGAUGAAAAGUGGUGCUAGACCUAGAUCUGCCAGCCUAAAACCUGGUGAUCUCUCACCUACUGCUACAAAAGAGAAAGAUAUCCUGGAAGUAUUCCCUUUUGCUUCUGAUGAUAUGUAUAUGGACUGUCCAAAGAAGAAAGGAGGGCAUAAGCCUCCUCAUAAACGCAGAGACACAAGGUGUGAAACUGCUGAAGAACGGGAGAAACCUAAAACUAUGUAUCACAAGGGGUGUGAACCAAAGAAACCACCCUAUAAAAAAUAAAAGAAGACAAUGAUAAUCAGCAUUAUGGAAGUGCAAAUAUUUGCUUGUAUUGUUUAAAGGAAUCGUAUUUUUUUUUUGAAGCAAAUCAGUUUAAGGAUUCCUGAGUUCACAUUGUAAAAUGUCCAAAAAAAUGAAUUUGGACACACACAUUUCACACAAUGUUUAAAUAAAAUUGAAAUUGCACUAAUAGGAUGUGUGAAGAAUUUCUAAUGUAAAACUUAUUCUCAAAGAAUGGAUAAAGCAUCAUCUGAGAAAUAUAAAGGUCAGUAGGAAUCACAAUUUAGUUUAAAAAGCAUUAACUUUAAAUAAUAUCAAGUUUUGAGAAACAAUGCUCCCUACUUUUUUCUGCAGUGAUCCUGAAGGGACACCAAGAUAAUUUCUUUUAAAUAAGAUAAACUAUAGACUCUAUCUAAAUAAAACUCACAUCAUGGUUGCAUAAACCAAGGCUUUAAAGAAAUAUGCAGACCCUGUAGAUUUGAAUGUAGUCUCAGAAUUUAAGUUGCCUUUAAAUUGUAAUUUUUAACAUGGCAGUUAGAAAAUUUCAUAGGAGGAAAUUUCAUAAAAUAUAUUUAACUUUAAUUGGAUGCAAUUUAGUAUUCGGUCAGAGUACAUCCUAGUAGAAUUGUAAUUCCCACAUUAAAAGAAGUUAUGCUAUAGUGUCGUCUUAGCAUAACUAAGGCUAUAUUAUGGAUGAACAUAUCGAUGUAUUUUCUUAAAUGGAACUGAACAAUUUUCAUGCUUAAAAGGGCACAAAGUCUUCAUUAUUCCGCUUCAGCAACAGACAAUAGAAUAGGAAGCCUUGAAUCAGAUUCAUUCUUUUUCUACAUCUCCAUUCUAAGGAUGAUUCUAGCUAGCUCUAUUUAUGGAACAUGCUGCAGAAUAAACAGAUUAAAAUGGAGGUGUCGGGUUGAGUUUAUGUGCAUGAUAAUGACUCGUUAUCCAGCUAAUCCUUAGUAUUACAAACUGUUAUUGAAAAUAAUGGCUCAAAUUGCUUUAUACUCCCUAUCAAUCCUUUGCUUUCAAAGAUAAUUAAGCUUUCAGUCCUUGAUAAAUGGGAAGAGAUGAAGACAUGAACAGGUGUAGAUGAAGCCAGGUAUUUUGCAUUCAGCCAUCUAAAGCAGGGGUGUCAAACUGGCAAUGUCACGUGAUGUGUUGCAAUAUAUCGUGACUUUUUUUGCCAUAGCUGGCAAUAGGGUGGGCGAGGUUUCGCUUUGAUGCAUCUGGCCCGCGGGCCGACAGUUUGACACCCCUCAUCUAAAGGAAC